AUGGACAAUCUGCCAUGGGUGGAAAAGUACAGACCCAAAAAGCUAGAUGACAUAGUUCACCAAACAAAUGCAAUAUCUAUGCUGAAAGAAGUAGUAAGAACAAAAAAUAUGCCUCAUUUAAUUUUCCAUGGCCCACCUGGAACAGGCAAAACAUCAGCAAUAAAUGCAUUAGCACAUGAACUAUUUGGUAAGGAUAAUAUAAGUGAACGUGUAUUAGAAUUGAAUGCAUCAGAUGAUAGAGGUAUAAACGUAGUAAGAGAAAAAAUAAAAGCAUAUACAAGAAUAAGUAUAAGUAAAAAUAAAAUAAAUAAUGAAACGAAUGAAACUUUACCAACAUGGAAACUAGUAGUUUUAGAUGAAGCAGAUAUGAUGACAGAGGAUGCACAGUCGGCUUUAAGAAGAAUUAUAGAAAUAUAUUCCAAUGUUACAAGAUUUAUACUUAUAUGUAAUUAUAUACAUAAAAUCUCAGAUCCUAUAUAUAGUAGAUGUUCGUGUUAUAGAUUUCAAGGAAUACCUGUAAAUAUAAAAAAGGAAAAAUUGCUUUAUAUAUGUAAAAGUGAAAAUAUAAAUAUUACAGAUGAUGCAUUAAAUAAAAUUAUUGAAACCACACAAGGUGACUUAAGAAGAGCUGUAUCUGUUUUACAGUUAUGUUCAUGUAUUAAUCCUCAGAUAACAUUAGAUUCCGUUUUAGAUGUUUCAGGUUUACCAACAGAUGAUAUCAUCUUAAAAAUUAUAGAUGCAUGUAAAGUGAAAGAUUUAAAAAUUCUUGAAAAAACUGUACAAGAUGUAAUUGAAGAUGGUUAUGAUGUUGCUUAUAUUUUUAAAGCAUUUAAUAAUUAUUUUGUUAUGAAUACAGAUUAUAAUGAUACUAUUAAAUAUCAAAUUCUGUUGGAAUUAUCAAGGCAUGAUUAUCGUCUUCAUAGCGGGGCUACCAAGUAUAUUCAGCUUAUGAGUUUCGCUUCAUCAGUACAUUCCCUAUUGAAUACGGCCUAA